ACCCCACGGGGGUGUCCGACUCAUCCUGCUUUGCCGGCACCUCCGUCGGGAAUAAAGCCGCCCAUCUUGCUGCUGGGAGGGCAGAGGUGUCACGCACUUGGCGAGUUUUGAAAGUUUGGCUCCCAUCACUGCAUCCCUGCUGAGCAUCACUCCCAAUGGGAACCGUGCUGCUGGCAGUGUAUCUUCUGGCUGUGGCUCUCCCAUGCCUGGCCACUGCCACUCUGCGCGUUGGUGCCUUCAACAUCCAGGCAUUCGGUGACUCCAAGAUGUCCAACGAGGAAGUGGCGGGCAUCAUCAUCAGUAUCCUGAGCCGCUACGAUGUGGUGCUGGUGCAGGAGGUGCGCGACUCCGACCUCAGCGCCGUCACCCAGCUCAUGGAGCAGCUCAACAGUGUGUCCAUGUCCCCAUACGACUAUGAGAUCAGCGGCCCCCUGGGACGGGACAACUACAAGGAGAUGUACCUCUUCAUCUACAGGACAGACGUUGUGUCUGUGGUGGACACCUACCAAUAUGAGGAUCCCCAGGAUGUCUUCAGCCGGGAGCCAUUCAUCCUGAGGGUCUCAGCCCCCAACACCAAGGUGCAGGACUUUGUGCUGGUGCCACUGCACUCAGCCCCACAUGAUGCUGUUGCUGAGAUUGAUGCUCUCUAUGAUGUCUACCUGGCCAUUGUCAACAAGUGGGGGACCGAUAACAUCAUGUUCCUGGGGGACUUCAACGCCGACUGCGCCUAUGUGCAGCGCAGUGACUGGUCAUCCAUCCGUCUGCGCACCAGCGACAUCUUCAAGUGGCUGCUCCUGGAUGGUACCGACACCACAGUGGGAAGGUCAGACUGUGCCUAUGACAGGAUCGUGGUGUGCGGCGCCAAACUGAAGAGAAGCAUCAUGCCCAAUUCCGCUGGUAUCUACAACUUCCAGCGUGCCUUCCAGCUGAAGCAGGAAGAGGCCCUGGCAGUCAGUGACCAUUACCCAGUUGAGGUGAAGCUGACGGCUUAAUUGUCCUGCGGCCUCAAACCACGAUCCAGAUCCAGAUCCAGCUCCCACCACCAACCCUGUGAAGCCACCACCUGCAGCCCCAUCCACCAUCCCUGUACAAGGGCUGCUCCAGAUCCUGGUCCAGAGAAGGGUCACAGCCAGCCACCAGCCAUGCCCAGCCCCCUCAGCCCACCAUGGAUCAGAGCCUGGGGACAGGCCACCAGCCAGGAAGUGGUGACCAUCGACAGGCUGGGAAUGAAGCAUCCAUCUCCUACCUCAUUGAAGACUUUAUUGAUAAAUCUCUUUCCACGAUUAACUGUUGGAUAGGAGGGAGGACAUCCAAGGAUCAGAGGGCUCUGCCCUCAGUGGUGUCAUGAUCCUCUCCCUGUCUGUUCCUCAGGGAGCUGAGGAGACUGCUCUCCCACUCUCAGGAAAGGCAGCAGUGGUGUCAGGCACUCUAUGGGGACUAAAGGGGUGGCUGGGACGGCCAUGGGAGCAGGUAGCACAUCAUCAAGUGCUGACACUGCAGACCACUGUGAAAGUCUAUAGCUGCUGCAGCAUUUCAAGCUCCUAAGACCAGGCCCUGGGUGGCUCCUCAGCUCUUCUUCUUCUUCAGCAUCUCCAUGUACAUGCGAAGUGACUUCUGGAUGGACUCUUUUGAGACAAAGCUGAUGAAGUUCUUAAUGUCUUCCUCCCGGUGAGCUACCAGGCGGUCCAACACUGUCUUCCUCAUCAUGGACUUGGUGAUCUGACGGGCAUGGUCUGCAGAGAGGAGAGUGGGGAUGAGGAAUAUGCAUGGUCCUCACCCUGACCACCUCUCAGCCACUGCCCCCUCAUGCAGGUGUCUCCAAAUGAGGAGGUACUGCACAACAAAGGGCUGCUUAGACCAGCAGGGAAAGGUGUAAGAAAACCCCACCAGCUGGAAGCUGAACUGGAUAAAUUGAUAUAAUAAAUCAUGACCUGUACUGCUGAAA